AUGCAUUUAAAGUUGAUGUUCAUCAUCAAUAUAAUAAUCAACAACCUCUUCUGUCUCCUCCUCACACAUCCACCCACCCACUCUCUAAAAAAUCAACUCCCAGAUUUCGUCAUCAAUAACUCCAACUUCAUGACCAUCACGUCCUCCUUCCCCUUCUUCCUCUUCCUCUUUCACUCACCCAUUUCAUCCUAAAAUCUUCACCUUGCAUUAUUAUAAUAUAAUACAAUAUAUCAAUCCUGCAACUGUAACCCCCAAAUCGAAUCUCAAAACCCCAUUAUUUUACUCAAGAAUCUUUACACAAACUCAAACACAUAAAACCCUCAAUUCUUCUUCUUUACAGCCAUGACAGAGGUCCUCCACUCACCCUCUUCUUCCUCAUCUUCUUCCCUACAAACCCAUGAACAACCCACAUUGUUUCUAAAUCAAGAUUUACCAGAAGAUGUUUCUAGGGUUACAGACGAUAAUAACAAUAACAAUUUGAGAAACAGGGGAAAUAAUAGGGAUAAUAAUCAGUUGUCUUUAUUGGCACUUUUGUUGGCUUUGUUUAGGAAAUCUUUUUUGGGUGUUAAUAGUAAUAAUAAGAACACAGUGGCGGAAGAAAGGCUGGAUCUUUCUGGGAUGGAGAUAGGGUGGCCCACAGAUGUGCGCCACGUGGCACAUGUUACUUUUGAUAGGUUUAAUGGGUUCUUGGGUUUGCCUGUUGAGUUUGAACCUGAAGUGCUCAGGAGAGCCCCUAGUGCCAGUGCUACUGUUUUUGGCGUUUCAACAGAAUCAAUGCAGUUGUCAUAUGAUUCCCGAGGCAACAGUGUCCCUGUUAUACUCAUACUUAUGCAACAACGCUUGUAUAGUUUAGGCGGUCUGCAGGCUGAAGGUAUUUUCAGGAUUAACGCAGACAACAACCAGGAAGAACAUCUGAGGAACCAGUUAAACAGUGGAGUGGUUCCAGAUGGCAUUGACGUACACUGUUUGGCUGGUCUUAUUAAGGCAUGGUUCAGAGAACUACCAACCGGGGUCUUGGAUCCACUUUCACCUGAGCAAGUUAUACAGUGUCAAUCCGAGGAAGACUGCACCACCCUUUGCCGCCUUCUGCCGCCAACCGAAACCGCCCUGCUCGACUGGGCUAUCAACCUGAUGGCUGAUGUCGUCCAAUACGAGCAUCUCAACAAGAUGAAUUCACACAAUAUUGCAAUGGUUUUCGCCCCGAAUAUGACCCAGAUGGCGGAUCCGUUGACUGCAUUGAUGUACGCAGUUCAAGUAAUGAACUUUCUGAAGACGCUCAUCACUAAAACUCUUCGUGAACGAGAGGAUGCUGUUAUAGAAUCGUCACAUGGCCCACCACGAGAACCACCGUCAGAUGAAAACGGUGAUCAAGGGCCGAGAUUGAGCCCACACGUGCAACAAAACCAUGAUGAAAAUGAAGAGAAAGAACAUGAAUUCGCCACUGACGAGGAUCAUCUUGGAUACUUGACCGCCAGUGAAGAAUCUGAUGGACCCGGGUCUGGGUCCAGUAACUGGUCCAGUCAGUCUCCUCCCAUUGAGCCGAAGACCCACGUGGUUAACCAUACUCGUGAACCCAAACAGGUGGCGCAGUCAAGUGUUCCAGACAAAAGCCGACCUUUAGUGAGCAAUCUAAGUUCUAUAAAUUCUCAAACGGAAAAGAUCAUAGCAUGGCGUUGACUGUAAGAAACGUUUGUAUUUUGUAAUCUUGUGGUUUCGAUUUCGAAUGUGUGAAAAUCUUUGAAAGUUCAUCUGUUUUUGCAUAGAUUUCUUUUGUGAGUUGUUUUUUAAUAUACUACAUAACCAUGUAAUAAUCUUCGUGUUUGGGCA